AUGGCAAAAGAUACCAUCGACGUAGAGUCGAGUGCCGAUCAAGUUGAACAGCCAUCACCAGAAACCGAAGAGUUACUUGUGGGUCGUGCCCCUGAGAUCGCAGAACAAUCAAAGCCAGAUUACACACGAGUUUUCCUGAAGCUAUACGCGGUGGUGUUCCUGAUCAAUCUCGGGUUUCAAGUCCUAGGUCCAGCCCAGGUGCAAAUACUCGAGAGAAUCUAUUGCAAUGAGUGGUACGACAAGCACCCGACCGAUCGAGUAACCUUUCAAAGCCAGAUACCGGAGUCCCUUUGCAAGAUACCCCAGGUCCAGCAGCAGCUAUCGACCCUCAAAGGAUGGGCGGAAUUUUUCGGCGCCGCUCCCGCCUUGAUCGUGAGCAUUCCCGUUGGUAAACUCACAGAUAUCUACGGCCGUCGUAUCUUCGGCAUCGCCACACUCACGAGCCUGUUCCUCGCCCAGCUCUGGACUAUGGCUAUUAUGUGGUUUGAGGGAGCUGUUCCGCUAAAAGCCAUUUGGUUGAGCUCUAUUUUCAGCUUCUUCGGUGGGGGCUCCGCGGGCGCCGAGUUGAUCUUGGUGUGCGUAUUGACCGAUAUCAGUACUGCAGAAGGCCUGACUGUUGCCUUCUUCCGAGUAACUUCUAUGGGCUACUUUGGAAAGGUCAUCGGGCCAAUCAUCGCUGCGACCCUGAUGCGUUUUGACCCUUGGCUUGCAAUAUACACCGGACUCGCAUUCAUUCUUGCGACAUGUCUUCUCAUGUUUUCCAUUCCAGAGACUCUGCCCUCACGAGUUAUGCUUGAAAGCCAUGACAGCGAGCGAGACGGGCAGGAAUGGACUCAGCCACGAACUCUGAGAAGCAAGAUACCCAAGUUUUCCUGGAAGGAUACUCGAGAGUCAUUAAGAGACGUCAUGAAGAUAUGGAGUGACUACAGGUUAAUUUUUGUGGCCUUGACCUACCCCUUCCGGGUGGUAUGCUAUGCCCUGGGCGACCUCACUCAGAGAUAUGUCAGUGACCGAUAUCAUUGGACACUGGCAGAUGCAACACUGGUGUAUGCGAUACAAGCAGCUGCAGCGGCUAUCAUGCUUUUUACGCUCCUACCUAUGAUUUCUCACCAAAUCGACAAACGAUGCUCAUGGAGCAUCAUUCAGAAGAAUGUUGUGCUAUCAAGGGCAUCACUUCUUACUCUCGUGUUCGCUUAUGCAGUUAUUGGGCUCGCCCCGACUGCUCCGAUCAUGAUCAUUGGCCUUUUGAUUGAGACGCUCGCGACAGGUUUCCCCGCGACAACGCGUGCACUUGCGUCGGCACUGGUGGAAGGAGCAGACAAGGGGAGUGUCUUCGCUGUGCUCGCUGUCGUUGAGACCCUGAGUGCCAUGGUGGCUUUCCCUAUCAGUGCAGCAUUCUUCAACUUGGGUCUAGCGAAGGGCGGAGGUGCCUGGCUCGGCUUGCCCUACGAUUCAAUAUCGGUGGUUGCUGCAAUAGCAUUCUUAGCUAUGUGCCUGGUUAGAUUUGAGAGGCGUAUCAGGGUCUAA